AUGCGGCAGCGGUCGCAGAAUGGGCCCAAUCAGGAGGUCAUGACUCCAGGCCGACAUCUGGCUGGCGGUAGAGGCGGUCGAAAUCAGCCUCCUGGCGCAGAGCCAGGCGCAGGCGCUCCCCCGCUCGGCAAGAUGCGGAGAACCCACAGCGAGAAGCAGGGCAGCGCGGGGAUCGCACGGGCAGGGGGAAGCGGAAGCAGCACGGGGAGCGCGGCGGAAGAAGCCCCGCCUUGGGCGCGGGGACUGCCCAGCGGACCCGGCCCCGCGGGUGGCGUAGCAGGCGCAUCAGGCGCAACAUGGGGAAGCGCGUCAGGGGGAACGAUGGCCGGGGUGGGCAGUCCUGGGCGCGGCGGCGGUGCGCAUCCGCUUGUGUCAAGUCCGCAGUACCUGCAGCAACCGCCGCCGCUGCACCCGCGGUCUGUAUCAGACGAAGACAGGGACAGGGUUUCCGCCAUGAAUCCCCUUGCGGGUGCAGCUGCUGCGCGAAUGGCGGCCGCGAGUAGGCUGGCGCAGGCUCAAGCGCAUGCGCAGGCGCAGGCGCAGCGGGGUAACGCGGAACGGGAGGAUGGAUCCGCGUCUGAUGGCGGGGGGACUGGGCGGGGGGUGACUAGCGCGGGUUACCGACCCAUGCCCCAGUUUCAGCAGCAGAACAAGGGCGUGUUCAAGGCGGAACGCAGGCGGAGCUUGGAUCUUUGCACAGAGAAGGUGGGCUCGCCAGUUAAGGGGGGAAUGCAGCGGAUUGGGUCGGGGGAGGCUCUUGUUCCGGUGCAAAGGGCAGGCCCGCGCUUGCAGUCAGAAGGUGGGGGGAUGGGAGCAGUGGAGGGAACGUGGGAUGUUGGCAGUGCUGCUGCAGCUCGGCUAGACAUAGACCUGUACAGCCCCCUCCCAGGCGGCAGUUUCAGCAGCUCUGGCGUAACCGCGCUUGCCACUUGUGGUGUUCUUAGUGAGAGUGAAAGAAAGGCGUCAACUACUAGCGGGGAUAGCGAGCUUGAUGCUUCGGCUGCUGAAAGCGGGCCAAAAUCGAAAUCCCCACGAAAGGGCAAGAAGGUGGGGAAAGGAGAAGGGAAGGGGCAGGGGAAAGGGAGGAGAGACGGGGAGGAGGGUUCAAGCGGAGGAGCAGCAGAGGCUGGUGAUUCAAGCGCAGGGGAGGGGGGGCGAGGAGGAGGCGGGGAUGGGAAGACGGGGAAGAGAGGCGGACAGAGUGGAGGGAAGAAGAAGAGUGGGCGGACCAAGUCAGGAUCCAUGUCAGAGGUGGUGACUCACAGGCGGGCAGCGUCACAGGGACAAGGGAAUGCCCCAAAGAAAGCUUCAGCCUCAGAGACGGGCGGGGAGGCCUGCACUGAGAGUUGUAUGAUUCCUGUGCCUGGCAGCACUAGGGACGCCGCCGAUGCCACUGAUGCCACUGAUGCCUCUAAUGCUGCGCCUGGUGGUGAUGACGCCCUUGCUCUCUACAGGGCUGGAUCUCCAUCGAUUGGCCAGCUGCAGCUGCUGGUGUCCCCAGCGGUCUUCUCGCGAGUCAUCAGUUGCAACGCUGCGGCCGCUGCCGUUCUGAGAUGCCCCAGUGAAGACACGCUGUGGGGCAACUCGCUCUGCGAAUCCCUCUGCCCAAGCCACGUGCCUAGAUUCGAGGCGUGGCUGCUGCUGGUGGCGCAGAUGGUGCAAUCAGCAACUCUCCCCUCCAACCCGCACUGUCACACCUCAUCCCCCCUCACUCCUUCUCCCUCUCCUUGCCCCCCUUUCCCCUUCCCCCCUUCCCCCCUUUCGCCUUCCCCCUUCCCCCCUUUCCCCUUCCCCCCUUCCCCCCUUUCCCCUUCCCCCCUUCCCCCCUUUCCCCUUCCCCCCUUCCCCCCUUUCCCCUUCCCCCCUUCCCCCCUUUCCCCUUCCCCCCUUCCCCCCUUUCCCCUUCCCCCCUUCCCCCCUUUCCCCUUCCCCCCUUCCCCCCUUUCCCCUUCCCCCCUUCCCCCCUUUCCCCUUCCCCCCUUCCCCCCUUUCCCCUUCCCCCCUUCCCCCCUUUCCCCUUCCCCCCUUCCACCCUUUCCCCUUCCCCCCUUCCACCCUUUCCCCUUCCCCCCUUCCACCCUUUCCCCUUCCCCCCUUCCCCCCUUCCACCCUUCCCCUUCCCCCCUUCCACCCUUUCCCCUUCCCCCCUUCCACCCUUUCCCCUUCCCCCCUUCCACCCUUUCCCCUUCCCCCCUUCCACCCUUCCCCCUUCCCCUUCCCCCCUUCCACCCUUUCCCCUCUCCCUCACCCCAGGCGUGGCUGCUGCUGGUGGCGCAGAUGGUGCACUCAGCAGCACUCCCCUCCCACCUGCACCAGAAGCCACCUCCCCCGCUACAGCUCACCCUCGCCAGCCACGCCGGCGCUGCCGUCUCUGUUCAGCUCGUGGCAUUAGGGGAGGAGGAUUUACAGGUGCUGAAGGCGCUUGUGAGGAAGGAGGUGGAGGAGCAGGUGGGGCGGGAGGCAAGGCAGCGGGCGGCGGAGGAGCUCCAGGAGGAGCUAAAGACAAAGCACGCCGCCCUCAUGGCGUCGCUGACAAGGGAAAUUGCCAUGCCUCUGAAUGCCAUGGCAAGUGUGGCCGAUUUUCUUCUCAACUCUCGCGCACUAACACCUGACCAGAGGUCCCUCGUGCAACUGCUCCUCUCCUCCGCUGAAAGCCUCUCCCAAACCCUCGCCCGCCUCCUCAAGUCCCCCGAGGCUGAUCCUGAGGCUGUUCCCGAAUCUGACGACGAGGAUGACGAGCCGCCGAGGCUGGAGCUUCGGGAAACGGACCUGCACCGAGAGGUGCGAGAGUGCGUGAGGCUGAUGGACGUGCAUGCCAAGGAGAAGGGCCUGGCGCUGCUGUGUGGAAUCGACUCCGCCGUGCCGCAGUUCAUCCUCUCAGACGGCCCUGCCAUCCGCCAAGUGCUUCACAACCUCAUCUUCAACGCUGUACAGCACACUGACAGGGGUGACGUGACUGUUUCGGUGCGCCUGGCAUCUGACAAGGAGGCAGAGGAGCACCGGGUGAAGCAGCGCCGCAAAGACAGCGCUGCGGUAGCCACCUUCCUGGAGAGGCGCAGCAGCAGCACGCGCAGGGGAGGAGUUAUGGGGGGAGGAGGAGCGGGGGAGGAUGGUGCAGGGCGGGAGGGCGAGGCAGGGUCGGUGCUGCUGCGAUUUGAAGUGCGGGACACGGGCAACGGGAUCAACACAGAGCUACUUGCUGCUCUCGUGCAAGAGCUUGAAAAGAGCAAGCCAUCCCCAUCGUCCCUUGCGUCCUUCCUCCUGGGUCGUCCCUUCGCCACCACGGGCCUCGGCACAGUGCAUGCCCUCAUCUCCCACGCCCUCAUCCCCGCUCCUGGCACCGCUGCCGCCGCCGCUCUUGCCGCCAUCGCCCCUUCGAUCGCAGCAGGCGGAGCAGCAGGGGGAGGGGGAGGCGGAGCAGGGGGAGGCGGGGGAGCAGGAGGGGGGCUGGGGACGUUUAGCAGGUCGAGUAGUUACUCCAGCGCGGCAGGGGAUAUCACUCCAGAGGAUCUGAAUCCGCACCAGCCGUUGGAUAUGGACGUGUGGAAAGAACUGCCCAACGCACGCAUUCUCAUUGUCGAUGCCAACGACAUGCACCGCCAGAUGGCGCUGUCCAUGCUUCGCUCCACGGGGGUCUCCUUCGACGUCGCCAGCUCCUCACAGGAAGCGCUCUCCCUCUUUGAACGCCGCCCCUUUGACCUCGUGCUGCUGGACUGCUACCUGAACGGGCCUGUGGACGGCUUCGCCACAGCCACACUCCUCCGGCAACUAGAGGUCGACAUCGCCAUGAAGAAGCACCUGCGCAGGAGCAGCAGCAACCGAAGCAACAGCAGCAGAAGCCCCUCGGCCGCCGCCGCGGCUGCCGCGGCUGCUGCUGCUGCUGAGGGCCCAGGAACGGUGGUGGCGCGGGCGUGCAUUGUGGCGCUGACUCCGGGGACGGGGAAUGAUGAGGAGGAGGAGGAGCGGUGCACUGCUGCUGGCAUGGACUAUUUCAUUCCCAAGCCGCUCCGACUGAGGGACCUGCACAUGGUGAUCAGGCAUCGUCUGGAGGUGCUGGCGCCCUACGUGCUCCCAGGCCAUGCCGCCUCUCUAGUCCUCCUAGAAGCAGCCCCAUCCUCCUCUGACGACUCUGAUGAUGAGGAUGAUGAUGAUUUUCAUGAUCAUGACGAUGACGAUGAUGAUGGGGAGAGUGAUGAUGACGGGGAGGAGGAAGAGGAGGAUGAAGAAGAUGAGGAGCCGACUCUGGAGUUUCAGGGGCGGAUGAGCAGCCGGGGAAAUGUUGCUGGUGCUGCUGCUGCUGGUGGUGCUGGUGCUGCUGUGAUGGGUGGGAGCCAGGAGAAGCAGGCAGCAGGAGGGGGGGUAGCAGCGUGGAAGAAGGAUUGGGAGGCGGAGUUUCUAGCGAGUGUGGGGCUGACUAAGGUGGGAGGGGUGGUGCAGCCACAGAUAGGAGGACGUGGGGGUGGGGGUGGUGGUGGGGGGAACAUGGGGAGAGAUGACAGGGGAGGAGGGAAUAUGGACCGCUUAGAGCUUCUGAAAGGGGGCUUUUAA